AUGGCGCGUUACUUCUCGCUUCCUUUACUGCUGAUUGCUCUAUUAAUGGUGUGCUCGCUGAUUCCGAGCACUUCUAGCAACAUUGUCGAGAAAAAGCCAGAUGGAAGGAAAGGCGAUGUGAAGGACGAAAUUCCUCCCAAACCUAAAAGAGAUGCUGACGAUGAGAAGGACAAAAUCCCUCACAAACCUAAAAGAGAAGCCGACGAUGAGAAGGGCAAAAUCUCUCCCAAGCCUAAAAGAGAAGCUAGCGAUGAGAAGGCCAAAAUCCCUCACAAACCUAAAAGAGCAGCCGACGAUGAGAAGGGCAAAAUCUCUCCCAAGCCUAAAAGAGAAGCUAGCGAUGAGAAGGACAAAAUCCCUCACAAACCUAAAAGAGAAGCCGACGAUGAGAAGGGCAAAAUCUCUCCCAAGCCUAAAAGAGAAGCUAGCGAUGAGAAGGACGAAAUCUCUCCCAAACCUAAAAGAGAAGCUAGCGACGAGAAGGACAAAUUCUCUCCCAAACCUAAAAGAGAAGCUGGCGACGAGAAGUACAUAAUCUCUCCCAAACCUAAAAGAGAAGCUAGCGACGAGAAGUACAAAAUCUCUCCCAAACCUAAAAGAGAAGCUGGCGACGAGAAGUACAUAAUCUCUCCCAAGCCUAAAAGAGAAGCUAGCGAUGAGAAGGACAAAAUCCCUCACAAACCUAAAAGAGAAGCCGACGAUGAGAAGGGCAAAAUCUCUCCCAAGCCUAAAAGAGAAGCUAGCGAUGAGAAGGACGAAAUCUCUCCCAAACCUAAAAGAGAAGCUAGCGACGAGAAGGACAAAUUCUCUCCCAAACCUAAAAGAGAAGCUGGCGACGAGAAGUACAUAAUCUCUCCCAAACCUAAAAGAGAAGCUAGCGACGAGAAGUACAAAAUCUCUCCCAAACCUAAAAGAGAAGCUAACAAUCAGAACGUGACAGUGUGA